AUGCUGUGCUCCCCAUUUCAGAUUCCUAUACCGAGUGUGCCUGCGUUCCAGCCGUCCACCCCCAUCCCUGAGCGCCUGGAAGCUGUACAGCGCUACAUCAGGGAGCUUCAGUACAAUCACACUGGGACACAAUUCUUUGAAAUUAAGAAGAGCAGACCUCUGACCGGGCUCAUGGACCUGGCCAAAGAAAUGACCAAAGAGGCCCUGCCAAUCAAAUGCCUGGAAGCUGUGAUCCUGGGAAUUUACCUCACCAACAACAUGACCACGCUGGACCGUUUCCCCAUCAGCUUCAAAACCCACUUCUCAGGGAACUACUUCCGACACAUUGUGCUGGGGGUGAACUUUGGAGGCCGCUACGGAGCACUGGGCAUCAGCCGGCGCGAGGAGCUCAUGUACAAGGCGCCCGUCUUCCGCACCCUGAGCGAGCUCAUCUUUGACUUUGAGGAGGCGUAUCGCCGCUGCUGGCACACCCUCAAAAAGGUGAAGCUGGGGCACUGCGUGUCCCAUGACCCACACAGUGUGGAGCAGAUUGAGUGGAAACACUCCAUCCUGGAUUUGGACAAGCUAAGCCGGGAAGACUUCCGUAAAGAGCUUGAGAGACAUGCCCGUGAUAUGAGGCUGAAGAUUGGCAAAGGAACAGGGCCACCGUCUCCCACCAAGGAUAGGAAGAAAGAUGUUUCCUCCCCGCAAAGAGGUCAGGCCAGCCCCCAUCGGCGCAACAGCCGCGGGGACCGACGGCCAUCUGGUGAGAAAAAGUCUGCCGAUUCCAAAGCCAUGCCAGACCUCAAUGGGUAUCAAAUCCGGGUUUGAAGAGAGCUGUGCCUUGUGUGUCUGGAUCCACGGACUCCUUGCUGGCCACAGCUGGGACCAGAAUCCACCUGCAGCAAUUCUGACACAGGGAAGAGGGGAGUGGGAGUGGAAGACAGUGCUGGUCUUCCCAGGUACCUCCCAGUGGGCCAGCCCCAGAGCUGGAUCCCAUGGUCCCAGAGGACCUGCUUCUGGGAGAGAAGUCCAUUGUAAUUCACUGAAGCAAGUGUGGGUUUUU